AUCAACAAAUUCCCAGGAAAAGUUGAAACUCACCAUGCUCAACGACCGACAAUAAACUCAACCUCCACAUCCACAUCCGCCAUCACCAUGGACAAUCUUCUUUACGACACAUCCUGGAAUCUCUAUACCAUCUCCUCCCCCACCAACGGAUUACUCACCCUCCUCAACCCAUCACUACCAUCAUCAACACCAUUGACAAACACAGUUUCUGACACAGAAAUCCUCGAAAAACAUACCUAUGCAUUCCGCCAAUCUCUUGCUCGUAAACGACCACGAUAUGAAGAACAAGAAGAGAAGGAUAAGAUUGGUGGGUUGAGGAUGUGUACUUGGUCGCGUCUCCGUUCGAUGACGUCUUCUUUGACUUUGGAAUCAGAUAUUGGAGCGACGCGAAAGAAACCGAGACAGCAACAAGAGCCAAGUUCCUCUGCUAGGACAGGUCAGAAGCGGAAAUAUGGUGGUGGUGGUGGCGGACUUUUGCGAGGGGAUGUAUAUCACGAUGCUGAUGAUGAUGAUAAUGACUCAACGGGUGAAUAUCUUACGGGGGUGGUCAUUAAUAUGAUCUACGACAAGACGACUUAUCGAUUCGUGCUCUUAACGACAACAAACACAACAACCUCUCCACUAGAUUCUCCUUCAACGACGAAAAAAGCUCGAACAACGAGAUCAUCCCCACGAAAUCGAACUGGAAGCCAUAUCCAAGAAGCCCAAUCAGUCACCAACACCAACGCCAUCCUCCUCCUCGCCAAAUGCAACCCCUCAACCUACAAAUCCCUAACCACCUAUCUCGACACAACAUUCUCCAUCCCCGAAACAUGUAUCACACCCCUGAAACCAUCCGCUCAAUUCUUACAACAUACACUCGAAACAUAUAUGUCAUCGACAUACCAGGAACUCACAAGACAUGCAUACGACGGCGGCGACGACUCAGGAGACAACAGUCUACAUGCAACACCGAGAAGCGCCAACUUCAAAUCCAUCUUCGGGACUCUACGUAUGACGAUUUCAUUCGCUCCGCCUGUGGCGCCGAAACUCAAGAGUUUGGAUGUUGAGCUUCCGAGUGAGACUUUGUUGAUUGCUUUGAAUGAGAAUCAGAAUCAGAAUAGGAGGGAAGAUUCUGAUGGUGAUGGUGAUGGCAACGAAAGGAAAAUCAUGGCUGUCGUGGCGGCAUGGAUCGAGAAUCGAACGGGGUUGAAAUUACCGCUGACUCAGAAGGCUAUGACGACUGAGAACAAGAGUCACGACGAUGUCGGGAAAGAGAAUCGCAGACCUGACUUACAGGAGAAUAUGUCUGAAAAAGAAUCGAAGGAGGCAGCAGACGAAAGUGUCGCUCCACCUCCUAUUCCGCCAAUGCGUCUCUCUCGCAUAAUGUCAGCUGCCUACGCUAUAUCCAGUGAAGGACGAUUGAAGUUCUCGGCCAAGGCGAUGGAGAUGUGUGAGCAUGAUCGAGACGACUUGGGCCAUGAUCCUCAUGAGUCUGAUGAUAUUUAUGAUGAAAACAACAUGGUUCGGAAGGCUAACUAUACCCUUUUGAGAGAAAUGUUAAGGGAAGCUGGUAGACAGAAUGCAGAGUGAAGGAAAGACGAGAUGUUGACGUAAUACUUGCGGGAACUGAAGCUUUG